CACCUUCUGACUUGUCGCUUGCGAUUGAAUCAAACUGAUUUUCCUGGAGCUGUCAACUGUCUUUAAACAUUCGGUUUCUGACCUUUCACAAUCAGUCUUAACGUUUCAUUAACUUCGUAAAAAUGGCCGAAGAGGGAGACAAAAUCGAUUUUGCGGAACUCGAUAAGGGUGUUGGAGGGAUCCCUGAACUUUCCCGCAGGACCUCACAGCCGUAUGAUUACUCGGAGCAGCAACUGGAGCAGAAGACUCAUCUGUCUGCCAAAGAAGAUCCGCACGCUCAGGGAAAAGGCAAAGGAAAGGGCUGCGGAAAGCCGGGCUGUACAUGCGACAACUGUCAGUGCGGAAGCAACUGCAAAUGUGGUGAGUCGGGAGCGGGAAAGCAGCAAGGGAAAGGAUGCGGAAAACCUGGAUGCACUUGCGAUAACUGCCAGUGCGGAACCAAUUGCAAGUGUGGCGACUCGGGAGCCGGGAAGCAGCAGGGGAAGGGAAGUGGAAAGCCGGGUUGCACCUGCGACAACUGUCAGUGCGGAGCAAACUGCCAGUGCGGAAACUGAAUGGCGCGCGGGACCUAUUAGUCUGCUGCACACUUCGCUCUUUCUAAUAAACGUUCUGUUGUUUUCAUUCCAGUGAUUUGUACUUUAACUGUAUAACUAUAAUCAAAAUUGAUCACAGGCCGAUUCCUACGGAAAUGGCUUGCAGUUUGUAACGUCAUGAGUGAAUGCAUGCAGACAUGAUGCAGUCAGUUUUGGUGGUGGUGAAGACAUACAUAUUUGCAUUCGGUCUUGAAUCGUUUAAUCGAAUUUCUCGUUUCCCUUUGUGUCAGUGUUUUAUUGAAGUGGCAGGCAGAUUAUCAAAAAUUUUGAAAUGAA